CGACGACGGCGACGACGACGAACGCUGCGGCGGGGGCGACGGUGUCGGAGGCGGUGGUGGCAGCGGCGACUGGGGUGCCGAGUGGUCGGAAGAGGCGGCGGCCGUGGUGGUUGCGUCUCUGAGAAACCUAGUCGGGAUCAGCGAAUAUUUCCUAUUCUACAAAAUGAGCAACAACCAUCCACUGCGCCCCUACACUUCUGUGGGAGAAAUUGAUCAUGUGCAUAUCUUGUCUGAAAAUAUUGGUGCCUUGUUAAAUGGAGAAGAAUAUGGCGAUGUGACAUUUAUAGUGGAAAAGACACGUUUUCCAGCCCACAGAGUCAUUCUGGCUGCCAGGUGCCGCUAUUUUCGAGCAUUAUUAUAUGGUGGAAUGCGAGAGUCUCAUCCUGAAGCAGAAAUCCCUCUCCAAGACACCACUGCAGAGGCAUUUACCAUGUUACUUAAAUACAUCUACACAGGACGAGCAACAUUAACAGAUGAGAAGGAGGAGGUGCUGCUGGACUUCCUAAGCCUGGCUCAUAAAUAUGGAUUCCCUGAGCUGGAGGAUUCAACUUCUGAGUAUCUCUGUACCAUACUUAACAUUCAGAAUGUCUGUAUGACUUUUGAUGUUGCUAGUCUCUAUUUGCUUCCAAAACUCACAUGUAUGUGCUGUAUGUUUAUGGACAGAAAUGCUCAGGAGGUACUUUCCAGUGAAGGUUUCCUUUCUCUUUCUAAGGCAGCACUUCUCAAUAUUGUAUUAAGAGAUUCAUUUGCAGCUCCUGAAAAGGAUAUUUUUCAAGCCUUGUUGAAUUGGUGUAAGCACAAUCCAAGAGAGGAUCAUGCUGAAAUCAUGCAGGCAGUUCGCUUGCCCCUGAUGAGUCUCACUGAGCUCUUGAAUGUUGUCAGACCUUCUACAUUACUGUCUCCUGAUGCCAUCUUGGAUGCAAUUAAAGUGCGCUCAGAAAGUCGAGACAUGGAUCUCAAUUAUCGAGGAAUGCUUAUACCAGAAGAGAACAUUGCAACUAUGAAGUAUGGAGCCCAGGUAGUAAAAGGGGAGUUGAAAUCUGCCUUAUUGGAUGGUGAUACACAAAAUUAUGAUUUGGAUCAUGGAUUUUCUAGGCAUCCAAUUGAUGAUGAUUGCCGUUCGGGCAUUGAGAUUAAAUUAGGUCAGCCAUCAAUUAUCAAUCACAUACGAAUACUCCUUUGGGAUCGUGAUAGCCGGUCUUAUUCCUACUACAUUGAAGUGUCCAUGGAUGAACUAGAUUGGAUCAGAGUAAUUGACCACUCAAAAUACCUCUGUCGUUCUUGGCAAAAGCUGUAUUUUCCUGCCCGGGUCUGCAGGUAUGUUCGAAUAGUUGGGACGCACAACACAGUAAACAAAGUUUUCCACCUUGUGGCUUUUGAAUGUAUGUUUACAAACAAAACCUUUACUCUUGAGAAGGGUCUGAUAGUUCCAACGGAUAAUGUUGCUACAAUUGCUGAUUGUGCUAGUGUGAUUGAAGGUGUGAGUCGUAGUCGUAAUGCCUUGUUGAAUGGUGACACCAAGAAUUAUGAUUGGGAUUCUGGAUACACCUGUCACCAACUAGGAAGUGGUGCCAUUGUGGUUCAGCUGGCACAACCAUAUAUGAUUGGGUCAAUACGGUUAUUACUUUGGGACUGUGAUGAUCGAAGCUAUAGCUACUACAUUGAAGUUUCCACCAAUCAACAGCAGUGGACCAUGGUGGCAGACAAAACCAAACUGCCUUGCAAAUCCUGGCAGUCAAUAACUUUUGACAAACAGCCUGCGUCCUUCAUCCGAAUAGUUGGAACCCACAACACAGCAAAUGAGGUAUUCCACUGUGUACACUUUGAGUGUCCAGAGAAGAGUCGUAUCCACAAGGAAGAGAGCAAGAAGGAAGCCACGGCACCAACGACCACAGUAGGGACGGUGCUGGGGGCAGCAUCGAUGGCACCAUCGAUGGUAGUGUCGGCGUCGGCAUCUGUGUCAGCGCCGGCAUUAUUAGGGGCGGCAGGGGCGGCGGCACCGGGGGUGGCAGGGGCGGCAGGAGCGGCGGCAGCAGCAACGGCAUCAGGAGAUGAGAGCCCUGGGGGGCAGCAGCUGGUCUCAUACCCACUUCGACUCUCCAGCAACAAUUCCAACCCAUCCCUCCCUGGACCCACUUCUCAAUCAUCUAUUCAGCCCCAAUAAAAGAUGAAGACAAAAGGAUGGAUGCAGUGACUUGGUUUGGGCCCAAAUAACACUAGGAAGUCUUUGUUCUUCUUGGAGAGGAAUUGUUAUAUGACUUUUUCCCUGUUGCUGCUGUUUCCAAAUGGGAAUAGGCCUGCCUGAAAAUACAGAAAUAGAACAGGUUUUCUCCCAAGGACAGAAAAGGGGCUACUUCACUUGCCUCAAUUUGUUCAAAUCAGACUGGUCUCCAGGGGGAGAAUAUAGGUCUUCAAUCUUCAUCAAGUCCACCAUUAACACCCUACCUCUCUAAUCUAACCCAGGCAAAGGGAACGGAAAGAAGUAAUAGACAGACUCGUGUUGGAAUACAAAAGUGGCAUAUGAACACUGACUAGGAAGAGAAUAUAUUAGGCAUUUAUUACCUGGAGGCACCCUUUAGGAAAUGGGUUUUUGGUGGGAGUGUUUAUUUUUAUGGAACACAUUGCCCUGGCAACUAAAUGAUUUUUAUUUCUUUUAGUUAUUCUCAAUUUGCUGAAUCAUAGGUGUUCCAGAUCUCUUUGAAAAGCUCAAAUGGAAAUUUUUUUUCCAAGUUCCUUUUGAGGCAGUAAUUCCCCUCCCUUAUUUCUGAAUGGUUAUGCAUGGUGUAGAGUAGGAAAAUAUCAAGCAUGUCUUUAAGAUGAGGCCCAGAUGUAGCUGAUUGAAGCACCUGGUCUGACAAGGAGACGCCUUCAAGGAGGGCUAACGAAAUACACAUUGAGGAAGCCAAUCUUUGGACACCGUAGUCAAUAAUCACUUGAAUUGCAGAGUUAUUUAUCUGUCAUUUCUGAAAUGUAUCUGGAGCAACCAUGUACUUUUUUUCAGCUUUGGGAUUCUGACACAUAAACGGUCCCAGCACCUGCGAAUUUAAUGGAAAAUAUACACAUGUACAUAUCUCUAGGUGUAGACAGAUGGAUGUCAAUCUGUAGUUUCUUCUGGUCUGGUUGAAGCUUCUGCAAUAAUCUGUAUAGGUUCAGGGCUUCCUGUUUUUGUUUAUACUCCUGCUAAUGAUGGGCAUUAGGAAUACAAAACUGGGAAUUUGCAAUUAAGGUGGCUCUCUCUCUUUCUCUCUCUCCUCUUUGUGUGUGUGUGUGUGUGUGUGUGUGUGUGUGUGGACUACAAUACUCAACUAGGAAUUUUUUAAAGCUGUUAAAAGAGUUUUUUCCCUAAUCUUCAUAAAAAUGAUCUCAUUUGAUUAUUGUAGCCUGGUAUGCCUUGGUCUUGUCUCCUACUUUGCAAUUUCCCCUUCAGUGUUAACUAUUCUUUGUAACUUGAUCAUUUUAUUGUCUGCUUUUGAUUUAUCUUGAGCGUUUCCUGCCAUUUUCACAGUCAUAAUCAGCUCCCUCUCUAGCCCCAGGUGACAUCCACUGAGGGCUCCAAGUUUUCUCUGUUGGGGGGAGAAAUAGGAGGGCAUUGAAGAGGAGACAUGCUAGAGCUUUCUGGGAAGUUGAGAAAACCUGCUGUGUCUUAAAGUAUUGAACUUAGGGGACUUCGGCAAAUUGCAAGACCCAGUUCCCAAAAAGGGGGGGUUGCUUUGGUGUGGGUAUUUUUUUCUGCUUGGAAUAUAGAAAGAUUCAGCAAGUCAGCUAAUAUGUUUUUUCUUCUGAUUUAAUUUCAUGUUGAGUGAUAGAUCAAUAUUGAAAUAGUAGGAUAGCAUCAAACUACAUGAUUAAGUGGAAAGGUUUUCCUUCUCUUUGAACACAGAGCAGAGCUAUACCAAGGCCAGAAGAGGUAGCAUGGAAGGAGAGGAGGAGGAGGAAGAAGAAGAGAUCAAAAGUAAUGAGAGGCUUGAAAAAAGACCAGAAAUUUGUCUGAGUCACCAUCCAGACACUAACUGGGUCGUUUCUAGUAGGGAUGGGAUCCUCCUUGGUCUCCUGUCUGCUCCUAAGGAUUUUGCUGUCUCCAUUCUGUCCAUUUUUCCACUCUCUGAAUCAUAGACAUCCUCACACAAAUGGACAGGGUUUAUGAAUGUGACUUGUCUUAAGUUAUUUUACCUACUCUUUUACCCAUAGUAGGUGGCAGUCUUUUGGGAUUUGGAUGCUACUUGUGUAUCAAGUAACCUCUAGUUGCUCAUUAACAUGAAGAAUCCCCGUCUGUUCAGCCUUUUCCUAUGCUUUACAUUGCCUAGGCCUCAUAGAGCUGAGCUUCUGAAUGGGGAAACCAAAUUAGCCAGUUUAGUCAUUUUAUAGUAUGGAAAUUAAGAUUUUUCAGAAAUUUCUGAGGUAAAAGUUUCAUUUUGAAUAUAAAGUCACCUUUAUAGGAACAAAUACCUGAUUUUGGUUAUCUUACUUGUCCCUCCCUCUCUGAGGAGACAGGAACUAAAACUAUGAGAAAAAGAGGUUGGGAUCGUCUUUCUGGCCACAUUCAUCUCCCCUUAUACUGCCUAUUCUUCCAUAGCCAUGAUUUAAGUAUUUGUGGAAGAAGUUUCCUGCUGCCUAUGAAAAAUGUCCUGGCCAAGUUAAAUAUCUGGAAAUAAAGUAGAACAGGUGAGUUUCAGAACUCAAGGAGUCAAUCACUGCAGCCACUUCACCUUGGGACCCUAAUGACCAAUCUUUCCCUAUAUGUCCACGUCUUCCAGCUUUCCCCUUCUUCACCGGUCUCUACAAAAGCUAUCCAGAGGAUGAAAACAGCUGCAUGUCUCCUCCCGAGCUAGCUUCCCAGCUCUUUACAUUAAAUAGUAGGCACUUAACUAACCAAUGCUUACUGCCCAGUUCACUCUUGAACUGUGAAAAAGAAAGGGUGCUCAUCCAGCCGAAGGGAUCAGCUAAGUUGGACUCAGCAAAUUUGGACUCAACUAAGUUUUCCACCUUGCCCAUCAGACCCAGUCUUGGCUCAGGUCUUCCACCUCAGAGGAGUUUGAAGGAAAUAGCUUGGUUUGAAGACAGGACAAGGAAGUGAUGCUUUAUCACCAUUCUUUCUUCAAGAAUAUAAGAUACAUACAUAGGGAAAAAUGCCUGUGACUUCCCCAGACGCAUAAGACUUCCUUCUAAAGAGAACCUGAAGAGAGCCCCAUUUCAAGACACCCUCCAUAUUGGAGGGUAAAGUGGAAAGAAUGCUCAGCACUUAGCUGAGUCACAUCAAAGGGACCUGAAAAAGGGCCUGAGGAAUGAAAACAAGUGUUGAUGCUUUUUGAGUGUGUCUACAAGGUGGUGAGAUAGAAAGUUCCCACCCCAGACUGGCUUCUCUCACCACAGCUGUCAGCCUCAAGAAUGAACCAAUCAAGUGCAAUAAAGAAGAAUGGGGGAUGGGAGGGGAGACUAGAAUGUUUUAGGAGGCGAUGUUGUGAACAGCUAAAACAUGAGCAAUGCCGGAGAAACAGAGAGAGAGAGGAUAGAGCAGAUGGGAGCCUAAACUGGGCAGCAGGUGAGAAGGGUCCUGAGAUGGAAUGGAUGCUAAUGCUGACCAUUAAAGGGGAAAUGACACAAUUUGGCCUGGAUGAGGAAAAGAUAUGCCGGGUCUGCUCUGCCCUGCCCUGCUUCCUUAGCAGAGUCCCCUCCAGCCCCCCGGCCUGUGCAAGCAAUGAGGCCGGAAGGCUGGUAGCUUCUCAUUUGUCAUGAUGACAUUGGUUGUUGGCACAGGCUGAGCUUCCCUGGAGAAACUGCAGUUGAAGUCUGCGUAGAUGUGGGUUGUUCUAUCUUCCUGUCCCUCCCUCGUUGUCAUUCAUUUUGACUGCUUAUUUUUCUGAAGGCAAGGGGAAAAAAAUGUUGCAGGGCUUUGAAGUUACAGUACACAAUUCAGUCUGAAGGAGACUGAGGACAGGAUAGAUUCUGGGAGAAGGGACCUCUGCAGAUGACUCUUACCACACCAAUGGGGCUUUGACUUAGCCCCAGCCUAAGACCAGAGGUCUGAGGUCCUUUUCAGGUGUUAGGGCUGGGAACAGUUUUAUUUUAGGGACAUUGAUUUACACUUAAGUGGAAGGAAACUUAUUGCCUAGCACUUCAAACUUAAAAUAGCAAUAAUAACCCGAUCUUUUAUCUUCCCUUUCUGCCAACCUCUUUUCCCCUUUUUUCUCCACACCAUAUGCACCUAUUCAUUUCCUUCAUCUGAAAUUUUGCUCAAAUCAUUAUUACUUGGUAUGUGAAAUUCAUCUAUUUCUCUUAAAAGUGUCACUCCUUGCUCUCCCUGCUUUCCCAUUAAAUGAACUGUUAAUCCCCAACAA